UUUCGGUUUCGUCCAUUUGUGAAAUUGUAAACUUUUUUUUAUUUAUUUUUUUAGUUCGUAUAUUAGUAUUUAUUUUGACAUAUACAUGCUUAAUACAGCUAAUUAUGACAGCAGUACCGCUUGAUAAGAAAUUUGUGCAGUUAGAUAAUGGAACGGGGAAAACGGAAAGACUAGCAGCACUGCAUCCAAAAUGCCUAGACAAAAUGAAGUUUGUAGCCUAUGUAGCACCCCCAGUUGACCUGUCUGAUCGCGCACUGUAUGAGGAAUGGCUGGAGCGACUGCAGUUCAUUGCUGAAGAUCUUCACACGUUACUUCAACUUCCACACGACAAGUUCUGGUGUCAGGCUGUAUUUAAUGACACGUGGCACACUCUGCUUGAUUCUUACCUGAGAUUCUGUCCGAGAUCGUUUGAUGUUAUCUACAGUCUCCCGAGUGUGGCUAAAAACCGACACCUGGAAAUACAUCGCCUCAUCUUCAUGGCAUGUUUACGACUCGCCACACACAAAGAAUCUAAGGAUCACUUCAUAACUCCUAAAGUGUUUGGGGAGAUCCUGUAUGAGAAUUUCAUCUUUGACGUGCCCAAACUACUGGACAUGUGUGUUCUGUAUGGUAAAGGAAACGGAACUCUUCUGACAAAGAUGUUAACAAACAUCUUCACCCAACAACCAGCCUACCUCGAUGACCUGAGGACCACCAUACCAACCAUUCUGCAGGUGUUUGACAGUAUUCGUGAAACAUGUGGAAUGUGCAUCGAAGGUUCAGAGUUCUCUCCCAUGAAACUGAGCAGUGUGUUUGAGAAGGAGCCACGCCUGGUAACCAUGCCGACACAGGAGUUCCAGGAUAUUGUGCUGUAUAUUGCAGACACUGCGCUGACGCUUGCAAUGUUUGUUGAGAUCUACCCACCAGCCUGUCAGGUUUUCCAGGAGUUUGAGUUUGUACAGAAACUUGCGUCGUUUUACGAGUGCAUAAUCCCUGAGAUAAAAACAGCCAUUGGAGUGAGAAACUUUGACACACUAAGUCAAAAGAAGACUGUCAAGCUGAAUGUUCGUCAGGCCAAGAUGUCGCUACAGAAAGUGUUCAGACUCAUUGUUCAACACACAUGUUUACAGCCCAUCAUAGAGAACAGUGGUGGUGAUGUGGAGAGAUAUGUGGAGGAAUUCUUACACAUCAUGACCGCGGUGCUAGGCGAGAAAAGGUUUCUUGCCGACUAUGAAGGGAAGUACAACUUCCAGGAGGACGUGGAGAUCCUGUGUCAAUCAUCGUAUGCUAUAGAUGAGACUCGGUUUCAUUAUAUCCAUGAUGCCAUCAACACAGCAUUUGCAACAUAUGGCAGAAGGAAAAAGCCAAUGGGAGGCCAGAAUGCAGGAGGCAGAACAAGUCCUGAUGGUUCUCCCAGCCCAUUGGAGGAGCAGGGAGCUGUGGGCGGAGCCUGUGUCAGUUCAUUGGACAAACCAGGAGCUGUGGGUGGAGCAUAUAUCAGCCCAAUGGAGGAUCAUGGAGCUGUGGGCGGAGCCUGUGAUGGUGGGAGUCGGCCAGAAGGCGGGGCAGAGGGUGGGACUUGUAGCAUGGCAGAUGUUGCUGGAUCAUUUUCUGUAGAUCAGUACCAAGUGGAUACUUACGAAACAUCUGUGAUGUCGGCGCUCGAAAUCAGCAGUUCUGAGUUGGACUCUCUCAUCUCCUCGGUGAAAGACUUGCUGCCGGGACUCGGAGAAGGCUUUAUUGAGAUUGUGUUGGAGGAGUUUAACUAUAACCUGGAGAGAGUCGUGAACACGCUGCUAGAGGACAAACUACCACCGUCUCUGGAUGAGAUUGACAGAGACCUACAGAGAGAAGUUCGUAAAACACCAUCACCGUCCGUCUUGGAUUCGAGACGAAAUAUCUAUGAUGAUGAUGAGUUUGAUAUCUUCAGAAGAGAUGAUGUGGACAAGACCAAAAUCCAUAUCGGAAAACGGAAUGAGAAGGUGUCUCUUGAUGACAAGGAUGACCUAAAAGGCCUACGUGCGACGUACGAAGCAUACGGGUCACAGGACGUCCCCAGCAUGUACGACAAAAUGGCUGCCUACGACUACGAUGAUGAGUACGAUGACACGUACGACACAAACAACAUUGGUGCUGAUGACGCCGACUCGGCUGAUGAGCUGACCAGUAGAAGACCGUUCACGAUGCCGCGAGUUCUGAUGCCUAAAGCUGAAAGACGUGUACGACUAGCAUCUGAUUCUGAGGACUCCGAUGAAGGGAAGUCACGUGAACAGUUUGUUUCUGAUCCUGCCAAACUGAGGGAAGCUGCAGAACAAAGACGUCAGUCAAAACUGGGUCGAGGUCGCGGAGGUCACCAGCAAACCGCGCCUCCCAAAUACGAUGUCAAGGGCAAACCUAAAGGUCAAGGUCAAGAAGAUACAGUCUUGAGGAAUCGACAGUUCAAGGAGAAAAAUAAAAGUUUUCGAGGAAAUCAUAACCGACGGCUUAUGGCGGACAAGAAAAAAGCAAAAGGAAUGUUCUGAUUUUCACAACUUUUGUGGUAGAUUUAAAAUAUCCAGUUGUCUGCUCCAUGGUGAUGACCUUGACUUCAAAGCCAAACUAUCCAUUGAAAUUAACACAACUGAAAUUGAUUGCUGCCUAUGACACUAAGUUGACAGUGUCAAAUGUAGGGAGAAGCCUUAAUAUAGGCAUUAGCCUGUUGGGAAGUCCCAAACUGCUAGUUUUGAUUUGCGGAAAUAUAUAUUGUUUAAACUAACUGCAGUUUUAUUACAGGAACAUAAGGAUACAUCAGAUUACUCCACUAAUCACAUUGAAAUACAACUUAAUUUUUGCUGCAUGAAAAUUAACAAGAAUGUUGGUGCAUUUAAUCUUUAAAAUUAACAAGAAUGUUGGUGCAUUUAAUCUUUAAAAUUAACAAGAAUGUUGGUGCAUUGAAUCUUUAAAAUUGACAAACAUUUAAAUGCUUCAUUCAAGAUAAAGUGAUUAUGAAAA